AGCAGUCUGGCUUGUAGCCUCCAUUUCUACGUCUUUUUAAAGUAGCUUUGACGUUUCUUUAGGCUGGUAUUCAACUUUGUGUUGUCGGUUUUGUGGUCAUGCAAACAGUGAAAGAAAGCGUGUCUCUCUCUCUCUCUCCCUUUGUGUGUGUGUGUGUGUGUGUGCGUGCGCGCGUCUGUAAAAAUAAGGAGUAAUGUGUAAUGCUUUACUUUUUCCGAGUAACGAUCCCAGCACUGGUGAGGAGUGUGCACACAAAUAAAGCCUAUAACUACCAGCUUCAGUAUGAAAAAAUCGAAUCGCGGAACAAUGAAGCUGAAUAAUAAAGCAAAACUCGGGUUUGGAUUACACAACGUAUUAGUGACACAAAGAAAGCACCACAUAGCAAAAUGUGAUCACCAUGGCCAAGACGAGACAACAGAUCAUAAGAAUAAAUCGAAUAAAACAGAAUUAAAAGAAUAAAAGAAUGAGCGAUCGUGGCUCAAGAGCUGGCAGUUCGUCUUGUAAUCUGAAGGUUGCCGGUUCGAGCCCCGGCUCGGACAGUCUCGGUCGUUGUGUCCUUGGGCAAGACACGUCACCCGUUGCCUACUGGUGGUGGUCAGAGGGCCCGGUGGCGCUAAUGUCCGGCAGCCUCGCCUCUGUCAGUGCGCCCCAGGACAGCUGUGGCUACCAUGUAGCUUUCCGUCACCUGAAUGGGUGGAUGACUGAACGUGUAAAGCGCUUUGGGGUACUUAGCUAUACAAAUACAGGCCAUUUAAAAAAAUUUAUUUCUUAAAUAAUUAUAUGACCUUAUAUAUUUUGCAAAAGAACUUAUCAGGGACUGUAACAUCUAGUCCUUUUAACUGAAGGUACUGAGUAUUAUUCAGUAUUCAGUAUCUUAGACAAAUGUUUUUGACUUGGGUUUUUUUUUUUUUGUAUAACUGGUGGCGGUAAUGCACCAAUUGAUAGUUUUCUAACCAAGACGAAGUUUAAGUGAGUUUAAGAAGAAGAAGUGCUUUAUGAAAGUGCUUGCGCAAAGCCAUGGUUAGGUGUGAAAACGCUUGUAGUAACUGCAGAGCUGUUAUCACGCAGUAAGGCUUGUUAAAUUGAAAAUCAACGCAAAAAAAAAGAUCAUAGUUGACCUUACUGCUAUGGACGAUUUCAUGUUUCAUAAAAUGAAUGUUAACCAGUAUUUGUAGAAAGGUAUACAGUCUAUACCUAUUCAUUCAUCCAUCCAUUUUCAGGUUGCCAAUAUGUUGAAGAGCUUAUUAUUAAAGUUAAAAGUUAAUUGGAUAGAUGGGUUGAUGAUUUGAUAGAUUAGUUCAGGCUAAAUGGUUAGACACAGUGAUAAUGAUCUUUUGACUUUCUAUAAGCAUGACUUAUUGAAUACAAUAAACAUGCUUCACACGUGGUAGAGUCUCUAUUUACAGCUGUGCACAGAUCUAUAUGAACACAUAAUUCUUGGAUCAGUGCCUGCCUUUUAAUGUAGAGUCAUAUUCAAGAUAGUCAUUUUAGAGCUAAGUGUUUACUUUUCUUUAUGCCCAAAAUACAACUUCCCUUUAAAAAGACAAGAACUUAACCGUCACAGGCUUUGCACAACUGCAGGGGUGCGGCCAAAAAAACAAAAAACCAGGAAGUGUUCUUUUUUCUUGUUUCAACUUAACCCACUCCAACUGUGCCUUGUCAGUUUGAAGGAGACGUACAACAAAACUAAGAGCAUUUAACUAACACAGCGCUUAUGAAGAUUUGAAGAUGUUUUUGUCACUGCCUUCCAUCUUCUCUUUUUUGACUGUUUUUAUUCCUGUCGCACAUUCUGGAAAAAUUCUGGUUUUUCCACAUGAUGGAAGCCACUGGGUGAACAUGAGAGUACUUGUUGAAGAGCUCCAUCUGCAGGGGCACAAUGUGACAGUGAUUCGGAAUGCAGACAGCUGGUACAUCAGUAAAACGUCUCCACAUUACAAUGUAAUCACAGUGGAUGUUGAUGGUGGUGGAAAUGAAGAUUUUUUUCGUGCAUUUGUCUCUGAGGUUAUUAAAAUUAAGCGAAGCAUGGGGUCUGCAUGGUCCCACUUUGCUUUACAAAUGGAGUUAAAAGACAAAUUCUAUGAACUGCACAAAAAAGUCUGUGAAGUGAUUGUGUUCAUCUUUGAAAAUGAAGAUUUAAUGAAGUCCUUAAAAGAUGCCAAGUAUGAUGUGGUUUUGACAGAUCCUGCUAAUGGCGGAGGAGUGUUGCUGGCACACUACCUUGGCGUGCCAUUGGUGUUUAAUGCUCGAUGGACUGUUCAUGGUGAGGCCCACUUUGCUAUUGCGCCCUCUCCACUUUCCUAUGUUCCACUAUCACCUUCAGAGUUAACGGAUCACAUGACCUUCUUUGGGAGGGUCCAGAACAUGUUAUUUUACAUUACGAGAAUGCAUCUGUACAAGCAAAUAGUUGAACCACAUUAUUCUGUAUUGUCAAAUCGCUACAUUGGACCAGGUGUGCAUUAUUUCUCCCUUUUUCAAGCUGCAGAUUUGUGGCUAAUGAGAGUGGACUUUGUUUUUGAGUUUCCACGACCCACCAUGCCUAAUGUUGUUUAUAUGGGAGGUUUCCAGUGUAAACCUGCAAAACCUCUUCCACAACACUUAGAGGAGUUUGUGCAGAGUUCUGGAGAUCAUGGAGUUAUCAUUAUGUCACUAGGGACUUUGAUUGGAGAACUUCCCUCUGACUUAGCUGAAGAGAUUGCUGCAGCUUUUGGCGAGUUACCUCAGAAAGUGAUCUGGAGGUAUAAAGGUAACAAACCAGCGCUUCUAGGCAACAAUACAUUACUAGUCGACUGGAUGCCGCAGAAUGACCUGCUAGGACAUCCAAGUAUUAAACUAUUUGUAAGUCAUGGAGGAACUAAUGGGAUUUAUGAGGCUAUAUAUCAUGGGAUUCCAAUAGUUGGCAUUCCCAUUAUUUUUGAUCAAGCUGACAACUUAUCCCGAAUGAGAGCAAAAGGUGUUGCGAAGGUUUUGGAUGUUUCAGAUUUGGACAGGAAAAUAUUUAAAAAUGCAAUACAGGAAGUCCUUAAUGAACCAUCCUACACAAUAAACAUGCAGAGGCUCUCCAGGCUACACAGAGAUCAGCCAAUGAAGCCACUGGAUCGUGCUAUCUUUUGGAUUGAGUUUGUCAUGAGGCAUAAAGGUGCAGCUCAUCUAAGGACCGAGUCCUACAAACUGCCCUGGUAUUUCUACUACUCUCUAGAUGUCAUAUUAUUUUUACUAACAAGUGCAUUACUUACAUUGUUAUUUUUUGUUAUGUUACUAUGGUUUUGCUUUAGAUUGUGUUUGAAAAGAAAAGCAAAAUCUGACUAAAAGUGAUUUUCAUAUAUGUUGAUACAUUGUUACAGCACAGUCAGUUUGGCUGUGGUUAGUUAAACUGAUUUUUUUCUCAGUCAUUCCCAGUUUGCCAGAAAUACUGUCUCAGUCAGUCCCAGUGUUCAUACUGCUGCACCCAAAAUCUUCUCUAGCCCAUCUUUACUUGAGUUGACCAUCAUAUAAGUUAACUGUUUUUCAUAUUUCUUUAUUAUAAAGAUCAGUAGUGGUUUGCACAUUUGUCUAAAACAUGAAAGAUCUCUGGUUCAAGAGCGGUAGGAGAUACAUCCAGCAUAAAAAUCUGCCAAAUCAAAUAUGUGCAAAUAUGUAUGCAAAUAUACAUAUCCUGUAUGUUUAUUUUACAUGACCUCCCGUAGUCUUCUGAAGUACCUUUGUGGGCCAUCAGGGGUUACUGGCUACACUUUGGGAAUCACUGUAAGAAAAAAAUCUACUUAUCUGUAUGUUUUUCUGAUAGGAUUAUUUAUAACGUGUGGAUUUUCUAGAUCAGAAGAAACAUAUUUGAGGACUGUGGACCACAAAACUAGUUACCUUCAAGGCUAUAAGUUGUUCUAUGAAUUUGAAUUACAAAAUUGCAAUAAAACAAAAGCUUUUUGCACCCUGAAUGUGUUAUGGUGUAUGUU